AUGGUAGGUAGAUUGUGCGAGUCCGCCUUGUUACUACAUCCUUCCCGGAUUCCUGCUCCCAUCCACCCACCCCCAACUUUGGCUUGCUUUAGCAGUCCGCAUUGGCCGACGUGGGCUCGGGAACCUGUGGCCGCGUGUUCGGCCCGGGGUUCUGAUGGGAUUCACACGGGCGGGAGCCCAUCCAGACUGCGGAAGACCCGGAAACUUAGAGGCCAUGUGAGCCACGGCCAUGGCCGCAUCGGCAAGCACCGAAAACACCCUGGAGGCCGCGGUAAUGCUGGCGGCUUGCAUCAUCAUAGGAUCAACUUUGACAAAUAUCAUCCAGGUUACUUUGGGAAGGUGGGUAUGAGACAUUAUCACCUGAAGAGGAACCAGAGUUUCUGCCCAACUGUCAACCUUGACAAAUUGUGGACCUUGGUCAGUGAGCAGACAAGGGUAAACGCUGCCAAAAAUAAGACUGGGGCUGCUCCCAUCAUUGAUGUGGUGCGAUCGGGUUACUACAAAGUUCUGGGGAAGGGAAAGCUCCCCAAACAACCUGUCAUCGUGAAGGCCAAAUUCUUCAGCAGAAGAGCCGAGGAGAAGAUUAAGGGUGUUGGGGGUGCAUGUGUCCUGGUGGCUUGAAGCAACAUUGAAGUUAAUUAAAUG